GCGGCGUGCAUCUGCCUGCGGCUGCCGGGCGCGGGGCGCCGCAGGUAGCCUUCAGUCGGGCGUGCCCCUCUGCGCCAUGCGUCUGCCUGCGGAUGCCACGCGGAGGGGCGCCGCAGGCAGCCCAGCCUUGUCUCGCCUCCCCUUUGCCUCUCGCCUUCCUCGCAGGGCGGUGCGCUGCGCCCAAUGGGGGCAACGGCGCCCGCGCUAGUGCCUCUUCACCGGAGCCCCUUGCCGCGCGUCAGCCUCAGAGCCGUGUUCUGGGCACGCCGGGGGAGGCAAGGAACGUUUCUGGCCCCCCCUGACGUCACCUCUCGACGACGCCUCCACAAACACGCACGAGGCGUGUUUCGCAUCAGAGGCGCAUUCCCAGGCCGAGGGCGAGCGAGGACGCUGCCCGCUCCGCGCACGAGACGCGGGGCACGGCGCGUUCCCGCCGCCUUGCCUGGCCUCUGCACUUCCUCGGACUGCUUGGCAGCUCCUUGGCCGCUUUGCCUGGCCUCUGCACUUCCUCGGACUGCUUGGCAGCUCCUUGGCCGCUUUGCCUGGCCUCUGCACUUCCUCGGACUGCUUGGCAGCUCCUUGGCCGCUUUGCCUGGCCUCUGCACUUCCUCGGACUGCUUGGCAGCUCCGCUGCAGGUAAUUAAUGUGCGCGAGGCGGCGGCGGCGCUGCGGUCAGAUACCCCCCCCCCCGGAUGGGAUGGGGGGGCUGCAGGUAAUGUGCGCGAGGCGGCGGCGGCGCUGCGGUCAGAUACCCCCCCCCCCGGAUGGGAUGGGGGGGGGGCCUCUCGGGCGCCUCUCGCCGUCGGGGCCCCUGUGCGCCUGCUUUGCCACAAGUUUUUUCCCCAGGGUCUGGGCGAACAGCUCGGUUCGUCGGGUUCCCAGACGUGCUCGCGUCGUGAAAAAAAAUAAGGACUGGAGGCUGUUCAUCCCUCAUCGGGUGGGCCGCGCGUGCUGCAAACGUGGAUGCAGACUGCGGCUAAUAUUGCUUUUUGACGGGGAUGGUGGGGGGCG